AUGAAUACUACUCCUUCCUCCACAUUUCUGGAAAUGGGUUCGGCGUCUGACGGGGCAUCGUCUUGGCCGGCCUUAAGAUCGUCUCAAACAUAUCCAGCUGUCGCUCAACAGCAGCAGCAAAAUCCAGCAUACUUCUUGACACAAGAACAGCAGAAGGUUGUAGACACAGAUAUUCGCGUGGGUGAACUUAUGCAAGUUAUAGCGUACGGUGGGACAGGAAAGACCAUAUGUUUGGCGGAGUAUGCAAAGAAAAGGCCUCGUAAACGUUUCCUGUAUGUUACUUCCAGUAGCAUCGCCGCCCUAAAUGCGGAAAAGAGGUUCCCCGGCAACAUUACAUGUAAACCCAUCGGAAAGCCUCUCAAAGAACGGCGCCAUGAUUAUGAACUCGAGGAGAUGAUUAGUGUAUUGGGCAUGGACGAAGGAAAAAUCGGAUCAGCACUUGUAAACCCACAAAUGCAUUUGCAACUAGGCACUAGUCAUGGGCGGGAACAAACAGAAAUGAAAAAAAUUCCUAGCGUUAAAGAAGUUGCGUUGAUGGUUCAGAGAGUUAGAAUGGGCGAGGCACUCUGGAAUGCGAUGCUUAAUACAAAGUAUCUCCCCCAUGACGCAUAUACUAAGAUUCUACAACUCAAAGGAGGACUGCCAGAUGGAUCAACUAUAGGGCAGGGAGAUGUCGAUACGUUGGCUUUCGGAGAAUACGAUAUCAUCAUAUGGGAUAGGGCACAGUACUUGAGUGGUAGCGUGGUAGAGAUUUUUCUUCGGCAGCGCUUGCGGGCAGGCUUAAUCAUAUUAGGUGACCCCUAUCAAAGGAUUCACGGCCCCGAAAGGAAGAAAGAUGAAGCUUCAGAUACCGAAGCCUAUAAGCCGACGAGUUGCCAAUUACUCUUAGGAUACCUAGGGGAGGACACUGCUAUCAACGGUGUUAGAAAGCAUGAUAGUCCUGGUCCUACGGAAAAUGGAGGAAGUGGGAAAUACACUGUAAUAUUCAGGCGGGAUGCUGAUCUGAUUGACUAUGUCAUUGAAUACUAUUUCCUCAAAGUUCUUGAGCUUUGUGAGAAGAUGGUCCUUGACGACUCCUACAAGGAAACAGAGGCAGAUGUUAUAUUUAUCACUGUUCAUAAAGCAAAAGGUCUUACAUGGAACCGUGUUUUCGUUCCGGAUAGCGUCCUUCGGUACCGUUUUAAUCUUUCGGCGGAGAACCUCAACAAGAAUCAGAGAUACUGGUUUUCGAGGGAUAAAAUGUCACUACUCUAUGUAGCAGUGACAAGGGCAAAGAAAGAGCUCAUCAUAGGGAAAGGGAUUGCGAGCUGGUUGGUAGCAAAGAUGGGAUUAUAUCGAUUUUAUCUUAGCCCAAUACAAGGGAAUGGUGCUUGUCCUUCAUGUCACGACUAUAGGAUAGAACAACAUGGUACUGUCAAUUGGGAGGCUAGGCCCAAACGCGAGGGUGUGGUAAUUGGCUGGGAGUAUCUACUCCCACAAAAAAGCUUCGGGGUUACUGCCGACAGUUACGGGAAUUCGCUCCCACAGGGUCCCAGGAAAGAAGCGGUUGCUUGCGAUAUCUGUGCAAAAGGUUGGAACCGUAUGGCGAGGGCAGCGCAUAUGGAGCUCAAAAAGUUCGCAAAUCCAAUCACGAGAGCGCUCGAUGGGCCUGAUAGUGCUAUGAAUCAAAUUAUCGUCCCAAACAUGCGGUGGUGGCCAGCGCGCGCGCCGGCGGGGCGCCAAAAUUCGAGACUGUUCAAAACUAUGUAUAAGAUGCAGAUCGAAAUGGUACAAGAUUGCGAUGAGACUCCGUACAUGCAUGUCAUGCCUACGCGUACGCGCCGACUGUAA